AUGGCCAGCUCGGAAGUGAAAGUUCCAUUUUUCAAGAAGAAAUCACGACCAACCGCCGGUCGAAAGCGGUCAAAUUCACCCUCAUCCACCGCCGCCGUUCCUUCAUCCUCGAAAUCUGAAGUCGUAAUGCCGUCGAAGAAAGGCCAGACGAACUUGUUGAGUGCAGGGACGAAACGAAAGGCAUCUGAACGCGAGGAAUAUGAUGCUGAUCCAGAUGCACCUGAAAAGGAUGGACCUGACGUGAAGUGGACCUCUGCUGGUUCCCAUAUCAAUGCUGCAAUGGAGAUUCUAGCUGGCGACGAACUAGAAGAAUUGAUGGCGAAAAAGCGGAUAAAAGAAAAGGGAACGGGGGAUGAUGAAGAGGUUCCAGAUGAUGGGACAUACCGAGGAACGAAUGCGUACAAGUCUCAUAUCAAGAAGAAUACAGAAGUCCCCAAAUCCAUGAGGGUUGGGCCCCAACGGAGCAACAACAGCACAAUUCGGACCGUCACCAUCGUCGACUAUCAACCGGAUGUGUGUAAGGACUACAAAGAAACGGGUUACUGUGGGUUCGGUGAUACCUGUAAAUUCUUGCAUGAUCGAGGAACAUACCUUGCUGGCUGGCAGCUCGACAAACUAGCGGAGAACUCUAAGAACCAGACUGGAGGUGGUGAUGACUCCGACGAUUCCGACGAUUCCGACGAAGACGUCCCUUUUGCAUGCCUCAUCUGCCGUAAACACUACACCGAUCCUAUCGUGACACGUUGCGGACAUUACUUUUGCUCUGCAUGCGCCAUAAAACGCUUCGCGAGGACGCCGAAAUGUGCUGCUUGUGCUGCACCUACAGGCGGAAUGUUCAAUCGUGCUGACAAGAUCAUUGAAAAGGUCAACAAGAAGCGCAAAGCGAAAGAAGAGAAAGAUGGGGGUGGUGAGAGUGAAGGAGAGGGGCAUGUCGAGAUUGAAGGUUUGGCAACUGAGAAAGGCCGUGUUGAACAGAGUUUAGGCGACGAAGUGUCUGAUGAAGACUGAGGUUCGGGAGUUUAGGAGGCCAGAUUUAUCCCAGGAUUCUUUCUUUCAAUUAAUUCCGGAGAUUCUAAUCCCUAUAUGUCUUCCGGUAAUAUUUUCUGACGGACGUGAAAUUCGCCUCGACAUCACGACACCGUGUUGUUUUCAAUACGGGUGGAGUCAAUACUUCGACGUUGUCAGAUUUCGUCUGUCACUUUCAUCCAGCAGCUGUGUAUUUGCCUUCUCAUGUCUCCUUACUGCCCGGCCUCCAACCUCGGACAUGGAUCCUCUUUGUCGUUCUAUUCAAUCGAAACCCUAUACCCGACACUUUGAUUAUUGAUCCAUUCAUUUAGCACGAAAGAAGUUCAUCGUUGCUCUAAGAUCACAGUGCUGUUGGGUCACCCGUGUUCAGCGGGAGGUUCCUGAUUGCGAUGCUCCCGAACAUCAGAGUCUACGUCCCUUGAAUUUUUUACACUCGUAUACAGUGCUUAAACAGAGGCACGGUUUGCGAUGACAUGGAACGUUGAGUGGUUCUAAGCCACAAUUUCCCGGGGUGACAGACGCAGGCGAUUAGUUUGUCAACCGACAAACUGGUUUUUUCUUUUCUUUUGCAGAUUCAGGGUAGGCCCUACGAAAUCGGUCCCGAGUUGGAAAUUCUGUUUUACCUAUAUACAUUAUUGUAACUUGUGUGCCGC